UUUGAUGCUUCCUAUGGCAGGGCCAGUGCUCAGAUAGAGUCUGAACCGUCUCUUAGGCAGUAGGUUUUACUCUCCCAGACUGAGGCCGAGUUCAUAUGUCUAACGAUGGAGAAUAAUAACGAAAAUGAGGAGAAACCGCUGCUUUUUACUUUAAGAAGAUUUCAUCUCUCUGAAGAUUAUGGCUUCCUUCUUCCAAAUCCUCUGAGCGAACUCCCUGCUCCCUAUGGGCCUUGGAUGGAGAUUGCCAACAACCUGCCUCACCUGAUCCAGAGCCAUCAGCUCCGUUCACAAGUGUACAAGAUGCCCCAGCUGAGCAGUCAGCAUCUCAAAGGGCAUCGAGAGCUACACUUGGCCCACCUCGCACUCAGCUUCAUCACGAUGGGGUUCAUCUGGCAAGGAGGAGAGGAGGAGACCGUCAAGCUUCUGCCACGAAACCUUGCUGUUCCCUACUGGGAGAUCUCUCAGAUGCUGGGACUGCCUCCUAUCCUGGUUCACGCAGAUUUUGUGCUAGCCAACUGGAAGAAAAAGAAUCUUAAUGGGCCUUUGGAAAUUGAGAAUCUGGACACCAUCUUUUCACUGCCUGGCGGAGAGAGUUUGAGAGGAUUCAUUCUAGUUACUCUCCUUGUUGAGAAGGCAGCAGCGCCUGGGGUUAAGGCCAUUGUUCAGGCAGGUAAUGCCAUCCUGCAGCCUGACAAAGAGGCCCUGCAUAAGGCCCUGCAAGAGAUGGCAAAGGCCAUUAAAGAGAUGACUGAUGCUUUGAAACGGAUGCACGACUAUGUGGAUCCAGCAAUAUUUUAUGCCGUGAUCCGGAUCUUUCUGUCUGGGUGGAAAGAUAACCCAGCAAUGCCAGGAGGGCUGAUAUAUGAAGGAGUUUCUGAUGAGCCUAUGUCAUAUUCUGGAGGGAGCGCAGCACAGAGCACAGUACUUCAUGCCUUUGACGAGUUAUUAAAAAUUCGUCAUAGCAAGGAAAGCACUGCAUUUCUACACAGGAUGAGGGACUACAUGCCACCCCACCACAGGGCCUUCAUAGAAGAAAUCCAGUCUGCCCCUUCACUGAAGCAACAUAUACUGUCCUCUGGAAAUGAGAAGCUGCGCAUAGCUUACAACCAGUGUGUGUCCGUUCUGGCAGACUUGAGAACCUACCACAUUGCUAUCGUCACCAAGUUCAUCAUCACAGCAGCUGCUAAUGCCAAAGCCAAGAAAGGAAAGCCAAGCCACUGGGCGGGCAACUUUCAGAUUAACCCGCCUUCGUCGUUACAAGAGAGGGGCACCGGUGGCUCAGGUAUCCUGAGCUUCUUGAAGAGUGUCAGGGACACGACAAGAGCAGGGAUAAUACAGGGUUAAACGCUGUCGUGCCACAUGCGUUUUACUAGGGACGAGACGAAUGUGCAAGCUUAAGACCAAAAGAGCUUUUUGUUUAAUAUUUGCAUUUGCGCCUGUGCCAGCAUCUGGCUGGGAUCACCCCAGCUGAAAGGUCCAUCUUAAGUAGAGCAUCCUAUGCCCCAUUUCUAUGAACACAAAAGCCAUUCAGUGUUGGGAAUAAGUGAACGCUGGGGUGAUUCACUAGAAGAAAACCAUUGCCCAUCUGACACAUGGGGUAUGUCUACACAGGGAUAAAAGACCUGCGGCGCAGCAUGGCUGGCCCAGGUCAGCUGACUCAGGCUUGUGGGGCUAAACAUUGCUGGGUAGACGUUCGGCGUGGGACUGAGCCUGAAUGUCUACACAGCAAAUGUUUAGCCCCAUGAACCUGAGUCAGCCAUGGUUUUAUCAUCCCUGUGUGGACUUACCCUUUGCUUCACCUUCAUUCAGACAGGAAGCUGCAGAACUUUCCUGCAGCUCAGCAGCCUGGCAGUUCCCAAGGCAAAAAGUCCCUCCCGUGAUGAGCACAUUGUGACAUGAGUCACAGGUGGCCUGACGGGGCUGCUGGUGGGGGCUAAGAGAGAGAGAGAGAGAGAGAGAGAGAGAGACUCAAAAAUUCAGGCCAGUUAUGUAGGAGCUUGAAUACAGAUUAAUGGGUCCAAGUAUUAGGCACCCAGUUCUGAGAAAUGUGAUCAGUAUUCCAAAACUAACAUUCAUCCUGAACGUUCUCUUAAUACUAGCAAGUACUUGAACAACAUGGAAUCUUUCCUACCCACUCUCAGGCUGCCAGCAACAUUACUUUUCACCCCUUGUCUCAGCAGGAGCUUCAGCAAUACCGAUUGUAAUAAAUAAAUAAGUAAGUAAAUAAAUAAAAUAAAUAAAAACAGAUCCAUGGCCUCGUUUGCUGGGGGAAGCCAGUCCAGACUGCGAGGCUCAGAAGAAUAAGGGGAGCAUCUCUGACCUUAAACUAUGAAUCUCUAAGGAUUUUUUUU